AUGGAUAACGGCCGCUACCCGCCCGAGGGCUCCAGCUCCAGGGAGGCAAAGGUGGCCAUACCAAGAAUUCCUGGCCAUGGAUACCAGAUGCCGCCUGCCACAAGAACUCCUCGGGUCCGCACCGAAGUAGUGAGCAAGGCUUGCACGCAGUGCCGUAAACGAAAGAUCAAAUGCUCUGGCCACCGUCCGCAAUGUAUCAACUGUCAACGGCAGGACAAUGAUUGUCACUACGACCUGGAGCGCAAGGACCGCCUCAAAGGCCAGCUUGACGAUGAGAGCAAGAAGAGAGUUGAGGAUACCUUGGCAUCUUUCGAAGACGACACGCCGCCUCCUCCACCAACACCUGCUCUCUCUCAUGGCAAGCGCGCAAGAAGAGCUUCGUCACCUUCCCCUAUUGACGAUGCUCUGAGCGCCACCUCUGUAGAUGGCGGAGAAGCUCACGUCUCAGCUUCAGUCGGCUCCAACGAAGACCUAGACUUCGUCCAGGAGGACAUUCUCAAUACGGAUGAGGCAGACAACACGGGCUACAUGGGUCACAAUUCCCACGUUCAGUGGCUCAGAGCCCUGGAAACCAAGAUCGAACAGCCCGAGGGCGAACCUGCCAACAUGCCUUACGGGCCACCGGGCAUCGACGGCGACGCCUUUAACCAGCGUGCUGAAGCGCUCCACGGGCGUCAGCAACAGAGCCAUACUCGCCCUUCUCCGCACCAUGACAAGUAUUCUGGCUACUACUUUUACCUUGACAAAUCCAACAUCGACAUCGAUGUUGGUGAUCCACACGUCAUACCCUCUGCUGGGUCGGCCGAGAGGCUGUUCGACUACUACAAAGCAGUUGUGCACAGCCCAUUCCCCAUCUUAGGUGACAUUUUCGAAGCUCAACUGAAAACGUACUUUGCCAAGGAUCAGGGCAGUCCUACGCUGGUCGUCUGCCCCAAGUGGAAAGCUGUUAUGAACCUCGUAUUCGCUAUUGGCGCACGCCAUUCUCAUCUCAUCGGCGACGAAUGGCAAGCCGACGAUCGUGAUCACCUAGUAGCUUGGUACAUGAUUGGCAUCGCCCUUCGACACGCACAGGCCGCAGGCUUGCACCUCAGACACGAAGACCCUUCCAUGUCUCCCAAGAGAAAGAAGGCCCUGGCCCAGAUUUGGUGGUCACUUUACUCCAUCGAGUGUGUUCUUACCUGCAUAACUGGGCGCCCACGCACUGUAAGCGCCAUUGACUGUACUGUACCGCCACCAGGCGCAAAGGGUACAGAACUGGAUUCAUCGUCUCGUGAAACCACCACAUCAGCUGCAAUCAGACAGGCAUCUGAGUCUUCUACUGGCGAGUCCAUGAUCAAAACCAGCGUAGAUCCGUUUGACGUAGCCUACGUUAGGAUCGACAUCCUCAUGGACAAGAUCUUGUCUGGCUUGUAUUCCGCACAAAAGUCUGCCAAGUCCUGGAAGGCUGCCCAAAAGGAGAUUGCUUCGCUGUCUGACGAUUUAGAAGCCUGGGCCUUGCACUCCCUGGUUCGGGGUCCAGCAACAGCGACCGCUGCCACUUCAGAGAGCAACCUGAGCCGAGAGCAGGUGCUGCUCUACAUCUAUUAUCACAACGCCAAAAUUUGCAUCACCCGGCCCUGUCUAUGCCGGCUAGACCUGCGCAUAAAGGGCCAGAGCGAACAGUCGACUCGAUUCAACCAGAAAUCUGCUGAGGCCUGCAUAGGCGCAGCUCUAGAUCUCACUUCCAUGUUGCCAGAUCCUCCCAACCCUGCAUGGUUUUACGGACACGUCAUGCAAGCCCUUACGGUCUUACUUCUUGAGUUGUCAUUGGACGGCAUACACUUAACGGUCGAAAAGUCACACAUUACAGCCUGCAUCGAUAAGCUCAUACGAUGGUUGAAUUCGAUGAAACCCGUCGACGCAGUCAGCGAGAACGCAUACAAUGUUAUCGCCAGAGUCAUGAAUAAGCAGACCAAGGAAGAAGCGGCCCGUCGUCGACUACCUCAGCCACAAAUAAUGGAUCAGCACCAAAAGCAACAAGAUAUAGAGCAUAUGACCUUUGACUCACAGCAGCGAUAUCAGCCGUACAGUCAACCUCUUACGUUGCAGCAGUCAGAUGUUGCAUGGCCAAGCGCUGACCCAUUCAAUAGCAACAUCUACGCGCAGUCCAACACAGGCAACUUCGAUCUCUACGACGCUCCUGGCGGCGAUAUUUUGAACGAUCCCACCACUGGGUUAACAGAAUUCGGUCAGCCUCUGAAUCUGUUCUAUGGAAAUCCCUACGAAUCGACUUUCGAUCACUGGGAAUGGGAUCCAGCGGCUUUUCAGGAUCCAGAUCAGCAAGGUUAUCCAGGAUAUGAAGGGUAUGAUCCAGGUGGUGGCUAG